AAGAGGGAGUUUGAAUGUUUGAUUGGGGGCAGUGCCGCAGUGGUGAGGACGAGAAAAAGUUGAAGCGGCGGAACCAGUGGGUCAUCGACUAUGAGUUAUGAGUAGAGCUGUGGCGACAAUGUAGGCUGUGGGGAGAUUGGGAGGCACAGAAAAGCGGAAGUAAUUGGGUUGCCGGAGGAGGAAUUAAGACCUCAAGGGAGUUAGGUCUCGUCGAGCUCGAUUCCAGAGAGUCAGUAAAGGAGGAUCAAUCUACAAAAUUGUGAUGGGAUAUUGUUGGGGUGGAAAUGUAGCAGAUUUAAUGAAUGUCACUUACUAGCCACUUGAGGAGUACCAAAUUGCAUACAUUUCACAUUUGCAGAGAGGCUUGAAGGGGUUAUCCUAUUUGCAUUCAAUAUUUAAGAUUCAUAUAGACAUUAAAGGCGGAAACAGUUUGCUGUCUGGUCAAGCCGUCAAGGUGAGGUUAAGUUAGGUUCAUGGAUCCUCCAAGUGAUUUUUCUUUUCAUACCGCUACUAAUGAUACUGAGGAUAAUAAGAAUGAUAGAGGUAAAACGAGAGAUGUCACCUCGAUGAAGAAGUGGAUCUUAACUCAUUCUUCUGAAAAAGGCAAGGAGGUUGUUGAGUUUAAGGGCAACAACCCAAUUGGGGCUCAAAGAAAUUAUUUUUUGUCUUAUAUUUGUCAUUUAGCUUGUAGCAAAGUGAGUAUAUUGUUUAGGAGUUGGAAAGAAGUUCCACCACAAACAUUGGAGAUGAUUUGGCAUGAUCUUUUGACUGUAUUCGAUAUUCCCAACACACCUGCCAUGAGGAAACGGUGGUUGAGUUAUGCUGGAGUUCGAUGGAGGGACUUUAAGGCAUCAUUGAGUUCUAGAUUUAUAUAUGGUGAUAAACAAAAUAAGAAUCCAUGUGACGAGUGUAGUUACAUUGAUCAAGAUACAUGGGAUGAAUUUGUUGCAGCUCACAAAGAUUCGAAGUUUCAGACGGUAAGGAAACAAGCUCAUUUGACACAAUCAAAUCAUGUGUACGAGCAUCGAUUGUCUCGUGGAGGAUAUUAUAAAUUGGAUGUGAAUAUGAUGGAUGAGAAGCUAAAGGAAAGACGAGAAGUUUCUAUGUCUGACCCAUUGAUUGUAGUUAAUCCUCCAUCUCCCCCAUGCAGGCACGGGAUGUGGAAGAGAGCUAGAGUGGAUAAAACAAAGGCAUUUAUCACAGAAGAGAGUAAAUUGAUUGCAAAAAAAAUUGAUUCUUUUGAGCAACAAUGUACUCCCGGAGAAUUCAUUGAAUCUGGAAGGAUGGAUAUACUAGCACUUGAAAAGAAAGAGCACUCGACUUGUGUUAGGGGUGUGGGAAGAGAAGUUGGAAUAAGUGACUCCUUUGGGUCUACACCUCCUUGUGAAGGAUAUACAUCCGUGGAAGCGGAAGCUCUUAAAGACAUGAUCUCUGCUGCCAUAUCCAAAGGAAUAGCUGAAAAUACUGCAGUGUGUAAACAAUUUUUGGAAAAUGCAAUGGCUGAAGCUACUGCAUCGUUUCGAAAACUUUCUGCAUACUUAGACCAAAAGAACAAUUUAUGUGUCCAGGAGCCUGCACCAGACCUUAAUAGUGAUAACGCUAGUUCCCCAGACCCUCUUGAGAAUAUACCAAUGGUAGGAGUACGAUGUCUUUUGUACUUGGAGAAUCCUAUUCGACGUAAGGUGGCAGUGGGCAAGGUUUUUGGCAUGGGCCAUACACUUCAUGGCAUACCAUUACCACAUGAUCAAGUAAAAGUAGUCAUAGAGAUUGCCUUUGAACCACAAACAAAGGUACCGUUCCCCACUGAGGAGGCAUCAAAUAUAGGUGGAGCACUUGAUCAAUAUAUUGCUUGGCCAAAGAAGUCAAUACAAUUGUUAAGUCCAAAUGAGGGUAAAGUGUUAAGCAACACAUGAAGCCAUUGUGGAACAGUCUCCAUUGCCUAAAUGUUAAAUGUUAUCGAAAUAGUUUGAGCAAUGAUUGCAUGAAAGCAUAUGAAAUUGCAAGUCAUGUAGAGGAGAGUGUUUUGGUUCAUAUGGGAUUACAGACAAAAUGAGAUAUUAGUUUUAUAUAUUCAAGGAGGAGAUGCACCCGGCGAUAUAUAUCUCAUACAUUCAAUUGUUUAUUAUGUAAGUUUUUCCUUAUUGAGAUAUCUAAUUGUGUACACUUUUUAGUUAUAUGAUCUAUUACAUU